AUGGCUCAUUCAAAAGAAUAUACCGAUGAACAGCUUAACUAUUACAGAAUUUGUUGUCUAACUACUGAUAUACUGGCGGAGGGUCUGAGAGAAAUAUUUAAACAAGAAUGGGACAAACUGUACAAAACAACAAAAGGAGAAUGGAAAGACGAACGUCGUAAUGGAAUGGACUUUUACAACGGAGAGUUUCCUCGAAAUCAAAAAAGAAACGCCCAUCUUUUGGCCACUAUCAAAAACGGAAACAGAGGGGAAUGGGACUGUACAAAGCUGUUUUACGCUAUCCUUUUCUCUGAUUGCGUCGGGCCACGUCUUAGCGCAAUAGUCAGUAAAAAUGUGGAUGAUCUAAGAAAUUUCAGGAAUGAAGAAUUCGCUCACAUGUCACAAGGUAGUCUCUCUGAGAUAGAUUUUCAGAAUGCUAUUACCAAAGUUCAUGUUGCAUUUCAAGCGCUUGGUCUUCCCACUGAAAAUAUUCAAGACCUAAGGUGUCAGAAAACUUUUCCAACAAAAGAUUUAACAAAGGUCCUCAAAGAAGUUGAUAAUCUGAAGCAAGAAGUUCAAGAAAAAGAGGGUCAGCGCCAGGUCCUUGAAGAUCAGCUCCAAAAUGAAGCACCUUUAUUCUGUGUCCUCCCUCCCAAACCCUCGCAUGAAAUCGGUGGUCGUGAAAGUGAAGUAGCCAAAAUAGUCCAACAGCUGAGGGAACUAAAUGAAUCCAGUGACAACAGGUUGAGUUAUGUAUACAUCUCAGGGAAUCCUGGAAGCGGAAAAUCACAGCUAGCUGGCCUCGUAGCUAAGAUAUUCUUUGACGAAGCCAAAGAAAUGCCAUGCGGAUCUACAUUUGUGAUGACCUUAAAUGCUACAAGUCCAGAUUCACUUCUGGAUUCGUAUGCCUCAUUUGCUCGCCAUUUGAAAUGCCCAGAUUAUUCAGUUAUGGAAACCCUUAGCUCGAAGGAUUGGAACGUGGAGGAAAAGAUCGCAAAUCUUAAAAUGCUUAUUGCUGUAAAAGUUAGCUGCUACACGUCGUGGCUACUGGUGGUUGACAAUGUCACUAAUAUGUCAUCAGUGCAUGUCCAUUUACCUGAGCCAGGAAACGAGGCCUGGGCAAGGGGUCAGUUGCUGAUUACGACCCAGGACACAACGUCUAUUCCUGCAAAGACCUCUUUUGUUGGUCAUAUCUCAGUGAGCAAAGGAAUGGAGCCCGAUGAUGCUCGUUCAUUUUUAUCAAGGCUUUCUGGGAUCCCAGAUGGAGAUCAUGAGCUAAUGACAAAAGUGGCACAAAAACUGGACUAUCAACCCCUGGCUUUAGCAGGCGCUGCCGUCUUCGUCAAAGAGAUCCGUCAGGAUGAGACAUCGAGUCAUUUCGGCUGGGAUGAGUACCUAAAGAUUCUGGAGAAAGGUAAACGGGAAGUUACAGAGGAUACUCUUGCCAACACCAACCCAAUAUACCCAAAGACAAUGACAAGUGUUACAAAGCUCGCCGUUGAAAAGCUAGCGAAAUCCGACAAAUUUGUAAAACACCUUUUCACUUUCAUUGGCCUCUGCGCACCAGGACCAAUCAGCGUGGAAAUAGUAAUUAGCUACAUGAUGAAUGUAAACGAAAACUUCGAUGAAGCAGACAAGGAACCAAUUCGCCUUAAAUUUAGAAAAUGUUCACUUUUACUUUUCGAAGAUAACCACAGUGGCCACUUCAUUCGUGUGCACCAGGUUGUGCAUGAUGCUAUGAAAUUUAUGACACAAAACUAUCCAGAGCGUCAAGUCGCUCAUGUCGUAAAUAAGAUUAUUACAUCGUUCAACGAAUAUAUAUGCACUGUUUUACCUGAGAAUAGGAGACUGGACACCGUACAUAUCGCUCCACAUUUGAAAGCCUUAACUAUGGUAACUGACGAGGUGUUUUUCAAAGAAUAUCUUCAUGAUAAAGGCAUUUCAGAAAAAUUUGAAAACCUUGCAGAGAUUUGUAAAAUGCAUUGUGAAUUCAACGAAGCAAAAAAAUAUUUGGAACAUUCACUCACCUUUAGGCUUAAAGAGUUUGGUCCUGAACAUGUGUAUGUUGCAAGAAGCUUUAAUAACCUAGCUAUGAUUUGCAAGGACUUAGGUGGAUUCCAGGAAGCCAAGGAAUAUCAGCACCGAGCUCUAGCUAUCCAACUGGAGAAGCUCGGCCCGGAACAUGUUGAUGUUGCAAGAGGCUUUAAUGACCUAGCUUUAAUUUAUAAGGAUUUAGGUGUCUUCCAGCAAGCUAAGGAGUAUCAGCACCGUGCUCUAGCUAUCCAACUGGAGAAGCUCGGCCCGGAACAUGUUGAUGUUGCAAAAAGCUUAAAUGACCUAGCUUUAACUUACAAGGACUUAGGUGACUUCCAGCAAGCCAAGGAUUAUCAGCACCGUGCUCUGGCUAUCCAGCUCAAGAAAAUCGGCCCAGGACAUUUUCAUGUUGCGAGGAGCUAUAAUAACUUAGCUUUAAUCUACCAGGCCUUAGGUGACUUCAAGCAAGCCAAAGAGGAUCAACAGCGUGCUCUAGACAUUGACGUUGCGAGACUUGGCCCGGAACAUGUUGAUGUUGCAAGGGACUAUAAUAACUUAGGUUUAAUCUACUAUUGCUUAGGUGACCUCGAGACAACCAAAGAUUAUCAGCAACGCGCUCUGACAAUCGAUUUUGCGAAGCUCGGCCCGGAACAUGUCGAUGUUGCAAGGGACUAUCACAACUUAGCUUCAACUUGCCUUUGCUUAGGCGAGCUCGAGCAAGCUAUCGAUUAUCAAAAACGAGCUCUAGCUAUCGAUGUUGCAAAGGUUGGUCCUGAACAUGUUGAUGUUGCAAGGAGCUACAAUAACUUAGCUUUGAUAAAUCGGGCCUUAGGAAACUUCGAACAAGCUAAGGAGUGUCAGCAACGUGCUUUAGUCAUCCAGAUCGACAAGAUGGGCCCAGACCACGUUGAAGUUGCAACGAGCUACAACAACUUAGCUUCAAUGUACCGUCAGCUAGGUGACCUCGAUAAAGCAAAGGAGUUGCAUCAAAGUGCUCUAGCUAUCAGACUGGAGAAGCUGGGUGCAGAACAUGUUUCUGUUGCAACGAGCUACACUAAUUUAGCUACAAUUUACCAUGACUUUGGUGAACUUGAGCAAGCCAAGGAGUAUCAGUCCCGCGCUCUAGCAAUCCAGGUCGACAAGCUGGGUUUGAAUCAUGUUGACGUUGCUAGGAGUGUAAAUAACUUAGGUAUAAUUUGCAGGGCUUUAGGUAAUUUUAGGUGA